AUGCUCAAUGUAGCAAUUUGUGAUGACCCUCUUUAUCAUUUUUGUUUUAGCCAAGAAAACUACACUGCUUACAAUAGUCCUUAUCGCAAUAACUUGAAUGACUUGCUACUUCUUUUAUCUGCCAAAGUCCCUCCUACAGGAUUCGGACUUGGCUCCAUUGGCCAAAGCCAAAACCAUGCAAAUGGAUUAGCCUUAUGCCGAGGUGAUGUGUCCACCACGAAAUGUAAAACUUGCAUCACUGAUGCCGGCAAAGAGAUCCGCGACCGAUGCCCUGAUAAAAGAGGAGCAAUAAUUUGGUAUGAUUACUGCCUGGUUAAGUACUCAAGCACAAAUUUCUUUGGAGACAUUGAUAAUCAAAACAAGUUCUAUUUGUACAAUGUUCAAGAUGUAGACAAGCCUACCGUGUUCAAUAGGAAAGUUAAGGUUUUAUUAAGCAGCUUAUCUAUUAAAGCUUACGUGGGCACCAAGUUUUAUGCCACAGGAGAGCUAGACCUUGGUGCAUCCAAAAAACUGUAUGGUUUGGCUCAAUGCACUAGAGAUCUUUCUAGCCUUGAUUGUAAGAAGUGCCUUGAUGGUGCCAUAAAUGAACUUCCAAGCUGUUGUGAUGGUAAGCGAGGAGGGAGGGUUGUAGGGGGAGUUGCAAUGUUAGAUACGAACUUUACCCCUUUGUGGAGAAUUGGUAAUCAUGGUUAUAAUUAA